AUGUGUCAUGCUGUCCAGCAGAAGGGUCAGCCUGCCCCAGCUGUACUGACAACUCUAUCAACCGCCCUUCUUGCGCCUGCGAUCAGCACUCCUACCUCAGAUUCCCUCGCGAUUUCCCCAUCCUUGCUUGCAUCAGACCUCAAGAGUGCUGCGGCUGCUGUGCCGUCGACUCCUCUCAUGACAGCCGAAGAGCUCAAGGUGCUGGUUGAUAGUAACAAGCGCCGGGCGGCCAGGGUAGCAGCCUUGGAGGAGCGCGUUAAGAAGACGGAGCACCACGAAACUGAGAUUCCGUACUUGGAGGGAUUCUUGGAGAUGCAGCAAAAAUUUCACAAAGAUGCCCGGGAGGGAGCCUCGCACGAGAGAUACAAACUCUCGGUAAUCAAAGCGAACACUCUUGUGAAGAGGAAGCACAUGGAGCGACUCAAGGCCGACAGUGCGCAGAUGAGGGCGGUCAUGGAUGCGUACGAGCUCUCGGUGGCUGCACGCUGCAGAAACCGCAAAGUUCCUCAUGUCCAACCUCUCCCCGUCACAAAGGUUGGGGUAGAGGCUGUGAGUAGCAAGGGUGUGGUCACCGUGGGCACCACCCUAUCUAUGGUGCACAUUGGCGAUUUGGUGGAGGAAUGA